UUUCCAAAACAUAUCCUCUUUCUCUCUAACCUCAAACGACAACAACUUAUGGGACUUUCCGGCAAGACCCACCACCAGUUCAACAUCGAACUUCACGAAACUUCCGAGAAAUGGGCCAUUCCUGGAAUCUCCUUACGUGAGCCGAUGAAGCCGAUUAGCCUCCCCUCAAGUACCGUAGCCGACACGGAGAGUGACGUUCAUCAAGAUCAGUGGCCGACGACUCCAACGGCGCCUUCCUUCAGAAUACCGACGGUUUUCCCGUGUCCUCCGCCGCCAAAGAAACGAAAAGUAUCGUCGAAGUUUGGCUACAGCGGCGCUAGAGAAUUCUUCUCUCCACCGGAUCUCGAGACCGUCUUCAUACAUAAAGCUACAGCCCCUUGAUUCUAAUGAUAAUUAUCUCCUCUCUUUUUUUUUUUUUAUCAACAGAAACAUGCAUUACUGAAUUUAGAAAAAGGGUUUAACCCAUCACAGAGAAUUAAUUAUCUCCUCUCUCUAACCUAUUUAGGUUGAUAAUAAAUCUUAUAUUUAUAAAAUCAGUUUCUUCAUUAGUUUAGUUCGUUACUCUUUAG